CAUCCCAUUUUCUUUACUCCCCUCCAUACAACUCCAACUCCCCUCACCCAGACUCUAGAUUUAUCUGCCUGCUGCCAAGCUCCUGGUCCCGCACCCCCGCCAAACGCCACUGCGUGCAUCGCGGUGCAGCGCCAGAAUUGUCUGCUAGAUUUGGUUUAUUUCGGUUCAACCAACCGUUUGAAAUGGAGGCCCUUUCGUCCUUCUCCAACUACCUGACACGUGGCGUGCAGCGACGGGUGGAGAUGAUGGUGGCGUACAAGGUGGAGGCGAAGCUCGACGCGUACAUCCCUGACGGAUUCUCGUACACGGACGCCAUCAAGAUGCAGAUCGCCCUCUACAUCGCCAAGGGGCUCGUCGCGCCCUACUUCCCUCCAGAGGACGCCGAGCAGGAGGCUCGGGAGGCGGAGGAGGAGGCUCGGGCGAAGCUGGAGGAGGAGAAGCGGAGGAAGCAGGAGGAGGGAGCGGAGAGCAGCGGGUUCUGGAGCCUCUUCUCGUGGGACGACGGGGAGGAGGAGGAGGUGGUGGUGCAGGAGGAGAAGAAGGAGGCCGAGUCGUACCUCAUGAGCUUCUUCCACGGGAAAGCGGAUGAGAAGUCCGAGGUGGCCAAGGCAGAGGCAGAGAAGAUAGUGGCGGCUCGAUAUGCACAGAAGAAGGCCGAAGCAGAGGAUGCAACUAAGGAGGAGGAGGAGGAGCAAGGCAUCCUGGCAACCAUCAGCAACUACUUCAGCUCUAGCUAGAAAGGUCGCCUUUUGUUUGAGCUGACUUAAGAGUGUCACCAGUGGCAGAUGAAAUGUAUUUUUUUGAAAGUGUGUAACACUCUCUAAAAAUGAGUAUUGUGAAAGUGUAGCGA